AUGUCUGGGUGGAGGUACCUCAUCUGUGUCAGCUUUUUGCUGACCAUUCUUCUUGAACUGACAUACCAGGGACCCCCUGUCCCCGCUUCAUCAAGCACAAAGUUGUUAAUGACAAGCUAUUCUAUGCGCUCCACGGUGGUGUCUCGCUAUGCCCACACCUUGGUCACCUCUGUCCUGUUUAAUCCACAUGCUGAAGCCCAUGAAGCCAUCUUUGACCUGGAUCUGCCUCAUCUUGCCUUUAUCUCCAAUUUCACUAUGACCAUCAACAAUAAAGUCUACAUUGCAGAAGUCAAAGAGAAGCACCAGGCAAAGAAAAUCUAUGAAGAAGCCCAUCAGCAGGGAAAGACAGCUGCUCAUGUAGGCAUCAGGGACCGGGAAUCAGAGAAGUUCCGCAUCUCCACCAGCCUGGCAGCAGGCACAGAGGUGACUUUUUCCCUGGCCUAUGAGGAACUGCUUCAGCGGCACCAGGGCCAGUACCAGCUGGUGGUGAGCCUGAGGCCCGGCCAAUUGGUGAAGAGGCUGAGCAUAGAGGUUACAGUGUCAGAAAGGACAGGCAUCUCCUAUGUGCACAUACCACCCCUGAGGACCAGCCGUCUGCGCACCAAUGCCCAUGCAAGUGAGGUGGAUUCACCCCCAUCCACCAGGAUCGAGAGGGGAGAGACCUGUGUCCGAAUCACCUACUGCCCGACAUUGCAAGACCAGUCGUCCAUCUCUGGGUCAGGCAUCAUGGCUGACUUUCUGGUUCAGUACGAUGUGGUCAUGGAGGACAUCAUUGGAGACGUGCAGAUUUACGAUGACUAUUUCAUUCACUACUUUGCCCCCAGAGGCCUUCCACCUAUGGAGAAGAAUGUGGUUUUUGUUAUUGACGUAAGCAGCUCCAUGUUUGGUACCAAGAUGGAACAGACUAAAAUGGCCAUGAAUGUGAUCCUCAGUGACCUUCAAGCCAAUGACUACUUCAACAUCAUCUCCUUUUCUGACACAGUUAAUGUUUGGAAAGCUGGAGGCUCAAUCCAGGCCACUAUCCAGAAUGUCCACAGUGCCAAGGACUACCUGCAUUGCAUGGAAGCCGAUGGCUGGACAGACAUCAACUCAGCUCUGCUGGCAGCUGCUUCAGUGCUGAACCAUAGCAACCAGGAGCCUGGGAGGGGCCCCAGUGUGGGGAGGAUCCCUCUUAUCAUCUUCCUGACGGAUGGGGAGCCCACGGCCGGCGUGACAACCCCCAGUGUGAUCCUCUCCAAUGUCCGUCAGGCGCUAGGCCACAGGGUAUCCCUUUUCAGCUUGGCCUUUGGGGAUGAUGCUGACUUUACACUGCUGCGCCGCCUGUCCCUGGAAAACCGGGGAAUAGCCCGGCGCAUAUAUGAGGACACUGAUGCGGCCCUACAGCUGAAGGGCCUCUAUGAGGAGAUCUCCAUGCCUCUGCUGGCAGAUGUGCGUCUGAACUACCUGGGUGGCUUGGUUGGGGCCUCCCCUUGGGCCGUUUUCCCCAACUACUUUGGUGGCUCUGAGCUGGUGGUGGCAGGACAGGUGCAGCCAGGCAAACAGGAACUGGGCAUCCACCUGGCAGCCCGUGGCCCCAAGGAUCAGCUUCUUGUGGCCCACCACAGUGAAGGGGCCACCAACAACAGCCAGAAGGCCUUUGGUUGCCCAGGGGAGCCAGCCCCCAAUGUGGCCCACUUCAUCCGCCGCCUCUGGGCCUAUGUCACCAUUGGAGAACUGCUGGAUGCACGCUUCCAAGCUCGUGACACCACCACUCGCCACCUGCUGGCUGCCAAAGUCCUCAACCUGUCCCUUGAAUACAACUUUGUCACACCUCUGACUUCACUGGUCAUGGUGCAACCCAAAGAGGCCAGUGAGGAGACCAGGAGACAGACUUCCACCUCUGCUGGGCCAGACACCAUCAUGCCCUCAUCCAGCAGCAGGCAUGGCCUAGGGGUAAGCACAGCUCAGCCAGCCUUGGUGCCCAAGGUCAUCUCCCCCAAAUCAAGGCCUGUGAAACCAAAGUUCUACUUAUCCUCAACUACUACUGCCUCUACCAAGAAGAUGCUAAGUUCCAAAGAGCUGGAGCCAUUGGGAGAGAGCCCUCAUACCCUGUCGAUGCCCACAUACCCAAAGGCCAAAAUUCCAGCACAACAGGAUUCUGGCACCUUGGCCCAGCCAACUCUCAGGACAAAACCUACCAUUCUUGUGCCCUCAAAUUCUGGUACUCUGUUGCCUCUGAAGCCCGGCUCUCUAUCACACCAGAAUCCUGAUAUAUUACCCAUGAACUCCAGGACACAAGUCCCACCUGUGAAACCUGGCAUCCCAGCCUCGCCCAAAGCUGACACUGUGAAAUGUGUUACUCCACUGCAUUCCAAAUCUGGUGCUCCAUCGCACCCCCAACUUGGGGCACUCACAUCACAGGCACCUAAAGGCCUGCCACAGUCAAGACCUGGAGUCUCUACACUUCAGGUUCCCAAGUACCCACCACACACCAGACCUAGGGUUCCUGCUCCCAAGACCCGAAACAACAUGCCACACCUGGGGCCUGGAAUCCUCUUGUCCAAGACCCCUAAAAUAUUAUCUCUUAAACCGAGUGCCCCACCACACCAAAUUUCCACAAGCAUAUCACUUUCCAAGCCUGAGACCCCAAACCCCCAUAUGCCUCAAACCCCACUACCUCCUAGACCUGACAGACCAAGGCCCCCACUUCCUGAGAGCCUAAGCACAUUCCCAAAUACAAUCUCAAGUUCCACAGGUCCCAGCAGUACCACAACCACCUCUGUCCUUGGAGAACCCCUCCCCAUGCCCUUUACUCCCACUCUGCCCCCUGGAAGGUUCUGGCAUCAGUAUGACCUCCUCCCGGGUCCCCAGAGGACCAGGCAAGUUCUGGGACCAUCUAGGCCGGGAGUUCCAACAAUGAGCCUACUCAACAGCUCCAGGCCUACACCAGAAGGCAGCCCUCCAAACCUGCCAAUCUUGCUGCCUUCUAGCAUCCUCCCUGAGGCCAUCAGUCUGCUCCUUCUCCCUGAGGAGCUAGAGCUGCUGUCUGAAUCAAUGGUGGAAUCCAAGUUCGUGGAGUCCUUGAACCCACCAGCUUUCUAUACCUUCCUCACUCCUGAUGAAGAUGGAAGUCCAAACUGGGAUGGCAAUUCUGAGGAGAUCCUGGGAGGAGCUGGAGGCAGCAUGGAAUCUCAAGGAAGUUCUGUGGGGUUAGUAAAAGGCACAUUGCCUAGCAUCUUCACCUUCUCCUCCUCAGUGGAUGGGGACCCCCACUUUGUGAUCCAAAUCCCACACUCAGAAAAGAAGAUCUGCUUCACACUGAAUGGGCACCCUGGGGACUUGCUGCAGCUCAUAGAGGACCCAAAGGCAGGGCUGCAUGUGAGUGGGAAGCUGCUUGGCGCACCACCAAGGCCGGGCCACAAGGACCAGACUCGCACCUACUUCCAGAUCAUCACAGUCACUACAGACAAACCCCGGGCCUAUACUAUCACCAUCAGCCGCAGUUCUAUAUCUUUGCGAGGCGAGGGUACCUUGCGCCUGUCCUGGGACCGACCUGCCCUGCUGAAGAGGCCCCAGCUGGAGCUCUAUGUGGCUGCUGCAGCCCGCCUUACCCUCCGCCUUGGGCCCUACCUUGAGUUCCUAGUCCUCCGACACCGCUACAGACAUCCCAGUACCCUGCAACUACCCCACCUGGGGUUCUACGUGGCCAAUGGCUCAGGCCUCAGCCCCUCAGCCCGUGGCCUGAUAGGGCAGUUCCAGCACACAGACAUCCGACUGGUGACAGGACCUAUGGGGCCAUGCUUACGAAGGCACCAUGGCCCAGAUGUGCCUGUGAUUCUAGGCAAGAGGCUGCUGAAGGACUCACCAAGGCUGCUGCCCCGCUGGGCUUCCUGCUGGCUGGUGAAGCGCUCUCAUGUAGAGCUGCUUCUGGGCCACCCCUACCUCUCCUAUGUCCUGUGAUGGCUUCUGAAUUCCAGAGCCAGGA